CACACGGCAGUGUAGAGGUCCUUCCGAGUCCCCUCCUCCUCCUUCUCAGCGACUCCCAGGUCCCGGCCAUGAGACCCCCACAAAUCCACCUUUCCGCCGCCUCUGGCGCCCUGGCCCAGGCGAAGCUGCUGCUGCCGCUGCUGAUGGCGCAACUCUGGGCUGCAGAGGCGGUCUUCCCCGGAAACGACACGGCUUCGGACUCCGGGGCCUCUGGCGCCCGGUGCGCGAGCGGCUCGCAGCCCUGGCAGGUCUCCCUCUUCGAUGGCCUCUCGUUCCACUGCGCGGGUGUCCUGGUGGACAAGAGCUGGGUGCUCACGGCCGCGCACUGCGGAAACAACAAGCAACUGUGGGCUCGCGUUGGGGAUGACCACCUGCUGCUGCUCCAGGGCGAGCAGCUCCGCAGAACCACGCUCUCUGUUACGCACCCCAAGUACCGCCAGGGCUCUGGCCCCAUCCUGCUGAGGCGAACAGAUGAGCAUGACCUCAUGCUGCUGAAGCUGCGCAGGCCCGCCGUGCUCGGACCUCGCAUCCAGGCCCUGCGCCUGCCCUACAGCUGUGCCCAGCCCGGGGACGAGUGCCAGGUCGCUGGCUGGGGCACCACGGCCGCACGGAGAGUGAAGUACAACAGGGGCCUGAGCUGCUCCAGAGUCACCAUCCUGAGCCGCCAAGAGUGUGAUGUCUUCUACCCUGGGGUAGUCACCAACAACAUGAUGUGUGCAGGACUGGACCAGGGUCAGGACCCCUGCCAGAGUGAUUCCGGGGGCCCUCUGGUCUGUGAUGAGACCUUGCAGGGCAUCCUUUCCUGGGGUGUCUAUCCCUGCGGCUCUGCCCAGCACCCCGCCGUCUACACACAGAUCUGCAAAUACACCUCCUGGAUCGAGAAGACCAUUCGCUCCAACUGA